AUGGGUCUUCUGGAGAGAAGGUGGCAGAAGCCCAGCAAGGGCUCCAUUGUGAGGAAAGCCUGCAGGAAGAUUUCCAGCAAGCGGGGCCUUGUUGCGAUGGCGACAUGCUGCCCGAUCCACCAAUGCCAAGCAUGGAGGACCCAAGUACAGGGCCCUCUUGCGGUGAUGAUGCGCCGCAAGACUCGCCGCUGUCACAGCCAAGCACAGACAGCUUGA